AUCAGCUGCAUCCAAUCACAGCUGAUCGCUGAUCAUCAGGGCACUGAUAAUCAGUGCUCUGAUGAUCAGUGUAGCCCCAUCAGUGCCAUCUGUCAGCGCCCAUCAAUGCCAUCUGUCAGUGCCCAUCAAUUUCACCUGUCAGUGCCCAUCAAUGCCACAUACCAGUGCACAUCAAUGUCACAUAAAAGGUGCCUACCAGUGCACAUCAAUGCCACAUAUCAGUGCCCAUCAGUGCCAAUCAGCCAAUCAC